AGCCGUAUAGAGGGGGAACGGGGAAUUACAAGUUGAAUAGAUUUUAUAAGCAACAACGAAAGAUAAAACGAAACUUUUUUUUAGUUGCAACACACGGUUCACUGGUAACUUUGGACCUUAUUUCGACCCCCAUACUCAAAUUUCGCAAAUUUAUUUGCGACUUUCGUUAGAAAAAUUGCGCUGUUUCACUACCGGAAUUAUUACACAUGAGCUUUUUCAUGUAUUGGGAUUUGACCAUGAAAUGAAACGACCGGAUCGUGACAGAUACGUGAAUAUUAUGUGGGAGAAUGUUAAGGAUGACAAGCAUAGUCAAUACGAAAGAUAUCAUGAGGAUUGGUCAGUAACAUUUGAUUUUUCAUAUGAUUAUAAUUCUAUUAUGCAUUAUACUCCGUAUGCAUUUUCAAAAAGCAAGGACAAGCCAACGAUUCUUCCAACUGAUCCUACAAUGUCAUACAAAUCGCUCGGAGGAGAUAAACCUACGGAGAUGGAUUAUUUCAAGUUAAAUCUAUUAUAUGAAUGCAAAAACAAACACUCUCCAGUUAGCUCGUGGUCAGUAUGGGGUGCAUGUAUUAAACAAUAUGACGGACAAUACAUGGCAAUUCGUCAGAGAUUUUGUUCACGUGAAAAUGUCAGUGAAUGCUGGACAGACAAUAACCGGGUGGAAACCGAAAAGCGUACAUGUGACAUAAAUUAUGAAGUUCGUAAAAAUCUAACAUUGGGAGCGUGGAAUAAAUGGUCAACCUGGUCUAUUUGCAACACAACAAAUGAACGGAUUUUUCACGACCAACGAAGAACACGCAAAUGUGAAGUAGGGAGAAGGUGCAGCGGUUCUGAUACCCAAUCAAGAUCUUGUAGAACAGAUGGAGAUGUUCGGAACGACAAACUUGACUGUAGCUUUAAAACAGGUUAUUGUUUGUGGUGUGCCGUACGUCCUAUUAAAGAAUAUCGAUGGAGAGCUAAAACUGGUAAAGGCGAGGUUUUGAGAGAUGGACCUCUAUUUGAUCAUACAACUAUGGGAGAUUCAGGGUAUUUCCUGAAAGCAGUGAUUUCAGGGAAUGCAAAAGGGGAAGAUAGGGCAAUCUUUAGAAUGAAAGUACCAGCAAACCCUCGAGACACCUGUUUGACAUUCUGGUACUACAUGACAGGAUCAGAAAAUCAUGCAUUGAUUGCGAUGAUUGGCCUCAGAGAGGGGAAACCAAUCGAAACCUGUCAAAAGAGAUUGGAACUAACCACAACUACUAGUUCUGGAGAGGAUUGGUGGAUUCCAGCUCAAAUAAAUCACAAUUGUGGUAAAGAUAAUUACGAGGUGUAUUUUAUCGCAAGAAAUGGUGGAGAUAAAUUUUCCAACAUUGCAAUAGACGAUAUUUUCUUCUUGGAUGGUUACCGUGACACAGAUGUUGAUAGCAGACCAUUACAAAUGGACUAGAAUAGCUGCAAGAAAUAACUCAAUCGUACAAGCAUUGUUCGCAAUUUAACAUUCUAGCUGUGUAAAUAUAAGUUGACGAAUAUCAUGCCGAUUCUAAAACUUCUACUGGGAAAACUUCUAUAAAAGAUAAUUUUAAUAGUUUAAAAAUAAA